AUGAGUGUCCACAAUCCCGUUGACGAGGACCAAUACCGCAAAGAGGUCCUGUUACACCCGUCCGAGGAAUCUGAACUAUCCAGCAACCAGAAACUACUCGAUGAGGCGCACCAGCUGGGUCUCAAGAUUCCUGAGAUCGAAGUGACCGCGUCGCUAACAGCGUCGAUCGCCUCGGGCUUGGUCGAUUUAUCCUCUUCCUCCCCAGUCCUGUCGUCUGGCUCGUCGACCGGUCGCAAUUCGGUAUGCGAAAGGCCAGGGACCGCACACCAGCAACAGCAAGGCCAACAACAAGGUCAACAAGGUCAACAGCAGCAGACUCGGUCCCAGAACCCGCAUGCGCACCAGCAUACGCACCACGAAAUCCCCCUCGAUCAGAUCGCCUCCUCCCUCUCCGAACUCACCGUCUCCUCCCGGCCGGUCAAAUCCGGUAGCGUCCGCUCGAUCGCAUCACUGUCCACACGCCCUACAUCAUACUGCUCGAGUGAUGGAAAGCUAGCACCCGCAGGUAGUGAUGGAGCCAUCGCAAAACCUGUGCAUAAUAACCGGCAUUCCAUGAUAAGCCUGACGCCGGGGGAGAAGAAGCAAAAACGCAGGGAGUCUCUUAGAUCCGCGAUUGACAAAUUCCCGUUCCGCAGGAAGCGGACUUCCUCGGCUGUGUUUCUCCCGCCCGAGGCUCAGAUUACAGUUAUCAAGGGAGAGCAAGGGGAUGAGAAGGUGUAUGUGGAGUCAAAGACUGGUGAAGCACAGUCGUCGCAACCUACCAGCGCUCCGAAUAAUGCGGAGGAUUCAGUUAUGAAGCUUGAGAUUCCGGUUUUUGAUCAUGAGUCGCUGCAGAGGAGUUUGGUUAAUGCGGAAAUGGUGAAAAUGCGCGAGGCGCAUCGGUUGGAGAGGAAUCGGCAUGCCACGUUUCAAGCUGCCUUUAUGAGUCGGUUGCGAAGUCGCCAGCAGGCUUCGGUUGCCGAUCGGUUGUCGGAGAAUAAGCGCACCGAGGAAGAGAAGCGCGAAAAGAACACUGCCAAUGCCAUCAAGAUGGAAGAGCGACAACUCGCUGUUGAAAUGGAACAGCAGCGCGAAUUCGACCGGGCUAAACAAAAUGCGCGCACGCGCAUAAAGCACAUGGAAGGCUACUUCAACAACCGAAGCCCCCCAUCCUCACCGGGUUCCGGCUCCGAAAAGCUCAUUCUACAACGAAAAUACACAAGCCAACAAAAAGCCCAGCUGGCGCAGGAAUACCACGACCACGAAACAAUGGACCAACUGCAUGAAGCUAAGAUCAAAGUUCUCCGCGAGCGCCAGGAACGCCGCCUACAAGAAGCCAUCGAACGCUUCGAGAACGAGCUAGACGCUAUGAUCGACAAGCACGCGGAGGCUUUCUCGGAACUACAAAAGCAACACCAGCAGGAGGAAUCGAAUGUCUUGCAGGGCUUCGACGCUAGAAAGACUAAGCUCAUGCACCGCUGGAAUCUGGAGGAGGCUAUUCUGCGCCGCAAACUCGAACAACAGCAUGGACAACCUUAUGGUCCUCUUCCGCCAUUGACGUUCAAUGAUUCGCAUUACGAGACACGAGACUCGGCCUGCUGCGUUGCUGGCAGCGGUGAUGAUGAACAGAUGCACCAGAAGGGAGAUGGAACGAUGUUCUAA